AUGCCUAACCAGAACAAGCCAACCUCGCCUCUUGAGGAGAUCACUCCGCAUAUUCUCAGGUACUGGAAAGCUCGUCAAACUGACAAGAAGAUUGUAGAGAACUUGCGGAACCACUAUGAUACAUCUCACUAUGGACUAAGGAUCAUGAAGUUCAAAGAGAUACGCAACGAAAUGGGUCUUUUGCAUACCCGCAAGCAGAACCACUCGAUUGAAUCUAUCCACGAAGCUAUGGUCGAGCUCCGCCAGGCAUACCCAAAUGCUGGUGCACGGGAAAUGGUCAUUUUGCUGUUUCACGAAAAGGAAAUGAAUGUGUCAAGAAAUCUGGUGAUAUCAUACUGUGCCGCCUAUGAAGCAGACCUUUUCUUGGCUGCUGGUGUCAAUGAUAUAUUGGCCAUCGACCAGCACGAUAAAUGGCUUCGAUUCGGUCUUGCAUUGCAUACUGGGGUAGAGCCAUUCUCCAGCCAUAUCAUGUGGAUCCGAGUCUGGCAUUCGAACUGCAACCCUCAACUCAUUCUCACAUACUAUCUCGAUACCAUCGAGAAACAGGGCCACAUUCCAAUGGUGACUCAGAGUGAUCCUGGCACUGAAAACUACGGAAUCGCCAAUGCACAUACCAUGCUGCAUCAAAUGUAUGAUCCAGCACUGCAAGGUACAUUACAACACCGUUGGAUGCGGACAAAGAAGAAUGUGAAACCGGAGAUCACCUGGUCUCAGUUAUGGUGUCGGUUUACCCCUGGUUUCGAAACACUUCUGGAUGAAGGAGUGGAGAAUGGCUGGUAUGAUAGUGACAACACCCUUCAGCAUGAUCUUCCAUUGGGUCUUCAUUCCAUGAGGCCAGAUCGUAACAAGGUGCUUCCACACGGUGUACCUAAUCUAAUAUAUGAGUCUGCAGAAGAUUUUGGAGCUUUAGACUUCAAGGUAACAGUCAAACAAGAUGCUAUAGACCAUGUCCACAAUAUCUAUGUGAAACCCGAUCAUCCUGUCUUUUAUUUGGUUCCCAAACCACUCAAUGAUCUUAUUCAAGACUGUUAUGAUGAUUUAGGCCGUCCUCCAGUCACUCACCAGUCCGUGUGGACAAUUUACUUAGAUUUGUAUCAUUCCAUUCAGCACUCUGCACAGAUACCAGUCAUUGUCGAUUCUCUUACAGAUGCCACCAACUCGGAUGAAGAGCCUUUGCUUCUCCUCGAAAGCCAAAAGGACCUGUUUUUUCAUGGGGAUACUGAUAGUGCUUACUACAUGGGUGGUAUUCACAGUGGACAUGGUCUCAAUGCAUCUGAUCAUCGCCGGCUGGAUGAACUGGCUGAGCUGGAUGAACCAGGUGCUGACUUACUCCCUACAGCUCCGAUCAUAGAAGAGGAGGGUUUGGUCAUUACAGGAUUCUCUGAUGAGGAGGACAAUGAUGAAACAUAUGUUUGGUAG